AUAAAUUUUCACAAACGUGCGCAUCAAUAAUAGGCAAUUUGGUAAGCUUUCGAAGUAUGUGGUAGAGUUUUGGUUUCACACGACAAAUAUUGAAAAAAUUUUUUUUUACUCACACAAUAAAUUCCUGCAACGAACCCCCCUAAUAAUAAUUUGGUUUCUCACAGCUCAUUAGCUAAGAAACGAAACUUUUGUUUUGUCUCACAAUCGCAUACUGUUUGUUUUAUUCGUGUUGUUCACAUUUAUCGGAAGAAGAAAAGAUUGCUAUUCUCCAGGAGCCAUUUUUGUUAAAAAUAAUUCUUUCGCUCUCUUUAGUUGAUUAGGGGUCGUAGUAGUAGGUUGAGACACACUGUGUUUUUUUGGUAGAAGCUGGCGAAAUGUGAGAUUAACGUUAAUCUUCUAACCAAGCAGAUUUAUUCUUAUCAUUCGGUAUUGGUGUAGGUCUUACGCAAACAGUGACAUUUGACAAGACUUCUCAUUUACGGUACAGCUUCUCCGAUAGCCAUGUAUGCUGCCCAUGAUUCAGUUGAAUUGUAGACAUCAUCUUCAGCGGAGGCGAAUUCGUACAACUCUAGAACAACAUGUGGCAGUUCAUAAGGUCACCAAUAUUAGCGGUGAUAAUCUUCAUAGGAACUGCUCAUGGAAUACUGGUCGUGGGUCCUAAAUUCAUUCGACCCAACCAAAACUAUACGGUUGUAGUUAGUAACUUUCUAGCACCUCGCUCCAAUGCGAACGUUACGUUACGGAUGAAAGGCUACACCGUUGACGGUAGAAACGUACUAAACCUAACAAAGUCAACUGAUGUGGGACGGCAUCUGAAUAAAGUGGUCAACUUCAAUAUGCCCAAGGACUUACCAGCUGGAAAAUACAAAAUCACAAUCGAUGGUCAGGGUGACUUUAACUUUUACAUGGAUGAGAAUUUGGUGUAUCUCAGCAAGACCGUGUACGGGCUAAUACAGAUCGAUAGGACCGUGUUCAAACUAGGCGAUACGGUAAAAUUGCGUGUGAUUGUGCUGGACACUGAAUUGAAGCCACCUGUUGGAGUGCAAUCAAUACACGUGGUUGUCCGUGAUUCUCAAAAUAAUACGAUUCGAGAGUGGUCCUCGGCAAAACUGCAAACCGGAGUGUUCGAGAAUAAUCUUCAGAUUGCGCCAACUUCAAUGCUUGGAGUGUGGAACAUCUCGGUACUGGUGGACGGGGAAGAUCUCGUAUCAAAGACGUUCGAGGUGAACGAGAGUAUGCUGUCAUCGUUUAAUGUAGAGUUGAUACCACCAGCUAUUCCUCUGGAAGAACAUCAAGGACUGAAUCUGACGAUAGCAGCUAACUACCAUGUUCGGAAACCGGUGAAGGGUUUGGCCAAAAUUGAGCUAUACUUGGACAAUUACAAGCUGGACCAGAUGAAAGAGUUCGAAGUGUACGGCAUGAAACAGAUGGAGCUGCAAUUCGUUGAGCCCUUUAAGAUGCAUGAGGAUCAGAAAGAUGUGCUUGUAAAGACAACCUUUACCGAGCAGAGCACAAAUCACACUGUGGUGAAAGAAUCUCAAAUCACUGUCUACAAAUAUCCGUACCGUGUGCAGUUAAUAAAAGAAAGCCCACCGUUUCGACCAGGGCUUCCCUUCAAGUGUGCGCUUCAGUUCCGAUACCAUGAUGGAACACCUGCUAAAGGUAUCACCGGUAAGAUAGCCAUUAUUGACAUCGACUUCGAAACUACUGCAACAAGUGAUCAUGAUGGUUUAAUUAAAUUGGAGCUAAUUCCAAUCGAUUCCCCAAAUCCCCUAAGUUAUAUGUACAUAACCUUUACUAACGAUGAUGAUGGAUUCUACUUUUACGAACGUGUGGAAAAAGAGUAUGUCAAGACAAAUAGUUACAUCAAACUGGAAUUAAAAUCUCCCAUUAAAUUGAAUCGUUUGAUGCAAUUCAUGGUUACGUCCAACGAAGCUAUGACUUCCUUCGUGUACUAUGUAGUAUCAAAAGGGAACAUCAUUGAUUCAGGAAUCAUUAGACCGAACAGUCAGAUGAAAUAUCCCUUCCGAUUGAUGGCCUCAAAGGAGAUGAUACCGAAGGCGAAAAUUAUCGUAGUGUCUGAAACGACUACAACACUGGUGUACGACUUUGUGGACAUCGAUUUCAAAGAUCUUCGCAACAAUUUCGAUUUGAGCAUAGUCAAGCAGAAAGCACAACCGGAAACACAAAUCGAGCUUCGUAUGUCCACACAUGCGGGAGCGUAUGUGGGAUUGGCUGCAUCCAACAAAAACCAUGAUCUGUUCUGGGAGGACCUUAUGCGAAUGUACAAUGGAUUCGGAUCGUACGACGAGAAGGAGUUUGAUAAGUUUCAUAACAUGGGACUGUUCGUGUCGACGUUGGGUGGCAUCAAGUUUAAUGAAGCUCACGAUAUGGCGACACGUUAUGAGUCGCAGAUAAACAAUCCGAUUACGAAACAAGAAUCAAACAGCACAAACAUUCCAGAAUCGUGGUUAUGGAAGAAUGUGACAAUUGGAAGGUCUGGAACGCACACGAUGAUCGAGGCAGUACCGGAUACGAGCGCAUCCUGGUACUUGACGGGAUUCUCCAUUGAUCCGGAGUAUGGUUUGGGUAUUAUCAAAAACCCCAUUGAGUUCACAACGAUCCUACCGUUCUACAUCGUGGAGAAUCUUCCGUACUCCAUCAAACGAGGUGAAGUCGUCGAGUUGCAGUUUACACUAUUUAACAAUCUUGGAGAAGAGUACAACGCUGAAGUCACCUUGUAUAAUGUGUUCAAUCAGAUUGAAUUGAUUGGACGAUCUCUGGAAGAUGAAAGCUACACGAAAUCCGUGAGCGUUCCUCCAAAGAUUGGUGUACCGAUCUCAUUUCUUGUGAGGGCACGAUCGCUCGGAGAGAUAACUGUACGGGUUAAGGCUAGGAUUUUGGGCGGACAGGUAACAGACGCACUGGAGAAGUUGCUCCGAGUCAUGCCGGAAAGUUUGGUACAGAAAAAGAAGGAUUCCUGGUUCUUCCGCCUAGAUACGUGCAACAAUCAAACUUUCUUGAAGGUCUUAGACAAGAUCCCAAAUGCUGACAAUGGUUCGCUAAAGCUUGAGUUCCAGCUGAAUCCUAAUCUCCUAACCACAGUAAUCGAGGACUUGGAUGAGCUGGUAGCCGAAUCUGGCGGUGAUGGAGAGCGGAAUAUGGUAAAGUUUUCGCGCAACUUAAUGGUGCUCGACUACAUGCACGCUAUUGGCUCAGUGGACAAUGUGCUAAUUGAUGAAGCAACGCAUGAAUCGGGAGAGGGCUAUCGCUUUCAGAUACGUUUUCGACGAUGGGAUGGUUCGUUUGCUGUGUGGCAAGAAAAGGAUAUAGGCAGCAUGUUCCUCACCGCCUUCGUUGUAAAAUCGUUGCACACAGCGUCGAAGUACAUAAACGGAGUUGAGGAGGCUGUGAUCGAGCAUGCCUACGAUUGGCUUGCUACGAAGCAGAACAGCUCUGGAAGGUUCGAUGAGGUUGGUUCCGUGCUUAACAAACGUAUGAAAGGCGGUUUGAGGGACGGCAUUACAUUGACCUCCUUUGUGGUGACAGCGUUUCUAGAGAACGAGAAGGCCAAAGUGAUUCACGCGGAAGUGAUCCAAAAGGCAAUGAGCUAUCUAAGCAGUCAGGUAGAUUCACUCCACGACCCUUACGAGCUGUCCAUAGUGACCUAUGCGCUAAUGUUAAGCGGACACAGCAUGAAGGAUACAGCAUUUAACAAGCUCCUCAAUAUGUCUAAAUUCAUGCAUGACGGCAGGCACCAGUACUGGGACUCAGAUUAUAGUAUAGAGACAACCGCUUACGCGUUGUUAUCAUUUGUGAUAGCGGAGAGGUAUGUGGACGCAAUUCCGGUGAUGGAUUGGCUGGUGAAUCAACGCCACACUACUGCAAGCUUCGAGUACACUCAGGACACCUUCGUGGGACUGAUGGCACUGACAAAGCUGGCGGAAAAAAUAUCAUCCUCGCGUAACGAAUACGAUUUAAAUCUGAAGGUGAAGAAUUUAACGCAACAUUCUCACAUAAACUCGGAGUACAACUACCGCAUUUACGAUCGUAAGCUACCGCCAGAUACCGAGUCAUUGGAGAUCAAUAUUGUUGGCACCGGAGUCGGUUUGAUGGAGGUGAUCUAUGAGUAUAGUUUAAGUCUUGUGCAUUUCGAGCAACGCUUCAAGCUGGAUCUGGAACAACAGAUCAACAACUCUAGCGACGAACUACGGCAGAAGUUGUGUGUUAGCUUCAUUCCGACCGCGUUGAACAGUGCAUGUGAGGUGGCAAUGAUUGAGGUGAACUUGCCCAACGGAUACGCUGUCGAUCAGAAUCCGAUCAGCGAACAGACUACCUUCAAUCCGAUACAGAAAACCGAUAUUAGGUACGGCGGCACAACCGUUGUUGUGUAUUAUAGAAAUAUGGGCAUCGAGCGGAACUGCUUCACAGUGACGGCUUAUAAACGGGCCGAGGUGACGCUGAAACGUCCAGCAUAUGUGGUUGUGUACGAUCAUUUCAAACCACAAUUGAAUGCCAUCAAAAUGUACGAAGUGGAUGAAGAGGAUAACCCAACAAAUUCAAAUGAAACAUCAUCAGUUGGACCAGCAGAGUGAAUGCAACUUUACAGACAGC